UUUUGGUUUGCGUAGCUGGCCGCUAUACAAGGAUUUCUGGGUGCGCUGCGUGUAUCAUACGCUUCCCGCCUAUGUUCGUUUCUCACAACUACAAUUCUAUCAAGCAACAUACUAAGCGACUUGCCAUACCUGAUUGGUCGAAUUCUCUUUGGGUCGACGGUCUUCCUUGAUCUUGAAGGAACACGUUAGAGCAAAAUGGCAGUGCGCGUUAUCUCAGGGCUAGCUGCCCUGGCGCUCCUGUGUGUUCUACCAGCUGCCACGUUUGCGGCCAGGCCGACCUUGUUGUCUGGUCGCCAAAAUGAGGAGGAGAAGCGCGUCGUGCCAAAGCCCGUCAAGGGACCAGCGGACGCUAACUUGCGUCCGAUCAUCGGCAUUCUUUCCCAGCCCGGCGAUCCCGCCCCGGACGGCCAGUCGUACAUCGCCGCGUCGUACGUCAAGUGGCUGGAGUCCGCGGGCGCACGUGUCGUACCCAUCUUCUACGACAUGACGUACGACCAAAUCGACCGCAGGUUCGCGGUGAUCAACGGUCUGCUGCUGCCCGGCGGCGGCGCCACUUUAGAGCCCGGCCACCUCUUCUACGACACCGCCCGCCACCUGGUGGACCUGGCGCUGGACGCCAACGACAACGGAGACUACUUCCCGGUCCAUGGCACGUGUCUGGGCAUGGAGACCCUCUCUGUCAUCCUCUCCUCCAACUACACGCUGCUCAGCUCCUACGACGCGGAGGACGCGCCCGCGCCGCUGCUGUUCACCAACGAAGCCAAGGACAGCCACCUGCUGCGCUCGCUGCCGGCGGACGUGGUGGCGGACCUGCAGAACAAGCCCAUCGCCAUGGAGAACCACCAAUCGGGUCUGUCCAUGUCCGCAGUGCUGGAGAACCCGGCGCUGGGCCGCUUUUUCAAGGUGCUGUCCCUCUCGCUGGACAAGAGCGGAGUCGCGUACGUGAGCACGCUGGAGGGGCGCAACUACCCCUUCACCGCCACGCAGUGGCACCCCGAGAAGAACGCAUACGAGUGGACGCCCCACCUGCACAUCCCGCAUGACACGGACGCGAUCCGCAUGAGCCAGGAGGUGGCCAACUACUUCGUGGCUGAGGCGCGCCGCAACCUGCACAAGGCGAGGAGCAUCGUGGAGGAGGACGACCUGCUCAUCUACAACUUCAGGCCCUCCUUCACCGGCAAGCACGAGUACGAGGGCGAGGAGAAGGACUUUGAGCAGGCGUACUUCUUCGAUAGCACCGCUUGGCUGGGCAAGUGAGCGGGGAGGAGGGAGGAGAGGAGCGGGGAGGAGUCGGUGAGGAGCCAGUGAGGGGUUACUGAGCAGAGGUGGUAGGGAGGCGCAGCUGUGGCUGCGGAGGCUGGGUGGUGGUGUUGCUUCAGCAGCGCUGUUCUUGUUUGUUGUCCCUACUGCCAAGGAGAAGGGAAGAAGCGGUAGGCAGGCUUUGCUUGGCUGCUGGCUGGUUCCGCGGUUAAACCGCCACACUUUGCGCCAGUCCCCUGGUGUUAACCCGAGGUGGUCCUUCACCUCCUCCUCUUACAAACGUCAGUCGCCUGCGUUAAGUGCUUGUGCAUAAUGGAGCUUACCAUGCGACGUAGCGUACCGUGCAUGCGUGCACAGUGUGUGCUUGCAAUGUAUGCCGCGCGUGCAGCAACAGCAACAGCUUAGCGCUCCUCUGUACGCGCCCAGUGUCAUGCCAUGUUGUGAUGGGGGUAUGGCCUUUGAUGGGUGUGCACUGCUGCUGCGGCAAUAGGGUGGUGUGGUGUGGUGGUGGGGAGGAAGCUGAGGAGGAGCGGGCUUGGAUGGCUUGGAAAGCAAGAAGGACUCGGGACACAAUUUGACGACGCAGGUGUACUUUUGAGAGAGCGCGAGAGUGGGUGCGUGUGGUAUUGUGUAUUACUGCUGCACAGCCAAUUUUCUUAUCCGAGAAUUCUUUUGCGGCACACCGUGUAACACCCAGCCCGUUGGGUGGGUUGACCCGGCUGUGUUUCGUAACAGUGCAGUGCGCCCCUGGUCCGGUGUGUGGACUGGAACUUCCGAGUUGCGUGCACAUGAGAGUCGGGGCGGCGAGUGUUUCGUGCAUUUCCCGUGUUUAGCGAUUGGUUAUUGGAGAGAGAGGGGACUUAACGCGAAACUGAACAAAGUGCUCCGCUAUCGUGUCGCUACGUGUCACGUUUGAUCGUUUGGAGACGCGAUCUGGGGGUGUGAGAGAUGGUAUGCUGCGCUCUGCGUUUGGCGACUGUUUAUUUGUGAUAUCCUAGACGUCCUGUGUCGCAUGGUGGAGGUGUGCCUCACGGAAUGCCCCUAGAAUCUGUUUGUUCCAUUAUGCCUUCCCUUUCUGGUUUCGGGAUGCUGAGUACGAACCUAGUUGGUAAAGGUGUGUAUUGGGUUUGCUGGAC